GACAUGUCCCUGCCAGUGAGGAAGGAACUCAAUCCAUUACAGGAUGGUUCCAGCAGAAAACCAAGUAAUGUGAAACUUUCUGAGGAUGCUGCUUGCACGCAGAAAGAACCUGUGCAUGGAGGCUUUUUUUUAAUGUGAGAAGCCUGGGCAUCUCACAUGACCAAUUCCCCCACAUUGAUUGUAAUGGUGGGAUUGCCUGCUCGUGGGAAGACUUAUGUUUCUAAGAAACUCACUCGCUAUCUCAAUUGGAUCGGUGUCCCCACCAAAGUUUUUAAUCUGGGCGAGUACCGCCGUGAAGCUGUGAAAUCAUACAAGUCAUUUGAAUUUUUCCGUCAUGAUAAUGAAGAAGCUAUGAAAAUCAGAAAACGGUGUGCCUUAGAUGCCUUGAAGGAUGUGAAAACGUACCUUACAGAUGAAAAGGGACAGAUUGCAGUCUUUGAUGCAACUAACACAACUAGAGAAAGAAGAGAUUUAAUCCUGAGUUUUGUACGUGAUAAUGCAUUUAAGGUGUUCUUUGUUGAAUCUGUCUGUGAUGACCCAGAAGUUAUUGCUGCAAAUAUCAAGGAGGUGAAGGUAUCAAGCCCAGAUUAUGCAGAAUGUGAUCAAGACCGUAUUAUGGAUGAUUUCCUCAAACGAAUUAAAUGUUACGAAAUCACCUAUGAGCCACUGGAUCCUGAUAAUUACGACAAGGAUUUAUCCUUCAUUAAAGUAAUUAAUGUUGGUCGACGAUUUCUAGUGAACAGAGUCCAGGAUUAUAUUCAAAGUAAGAUAGUUUAUUACUUGAUGAACAUUCAUGUCUAUCCACGUACAAUCUACCUGAGUCGGCAUGGAGAGAGUGAAUACAACAGUGCUGGGAGGCUUGGCGGUGAUGCAGGGUUAUCACACCGAGGAAAACAGUAUGCUGAAGCAUUGCAUAAAUUUGUUGAAGAACAGAAAAUUCCUGACCUGAAAGUUUGGACUAGUCAGCUGAAGCGAACAAUUCAAACAGCAGAAGCCUUGGGGGUUCCUUAUGAACAAUGGAAAAUUCUCAAUGAGCUUGAUGCUGGUGUUUGUGAAGAAUUGACUUACAGUGAAAUUCAGGACCGAUAUCCAGAAGAAUUUGCUCUGCGAGACCAGGACAAAUACCAUUACCGUUACCCAGGUGGAGAGUCCUACCAGGAUUUGGUCCAGCGGGUGGAGCCUGUCAUCAUGGAGCUAGAGAGACAGGGAAAUGUCCUUGUUAUUGCACACCAGGCUGUCAUGCGGUGCCUCAUUGCUUACUUUAUGGAUAAGGGAGCAGAUGAGUUGCCAUACCUGAAGUGCCCUCUACAUACUGUGUUAAAACUAACACCUGUUGCCUAUGGAUGCAAAAUGGAAUCAGUUUACUUAAAUGUAGAGGCAGUAAACACACACCGCGAACGGCCACUGAAUGUUUCAUUAAAUCGCACCCGGGAGGAGGCAUUGAGUACUGUGCCACAUCAGAAGUAAUUGGAGAUUUUUCAAUGAGUAUCUCAACUAGUUAUUAAAUUGGUGUUCAUUUGGACCCACUGGAAUUAAUUUACCAAGAAUGUAACAAACAGUGAUCUUAGUAUCUUUUAGAACCAUGGGGUUAUAAUAUAAUCUGAGAUCUGUUUUUAUAUAAUUUUCUUGAUUUUUGCAGACGUACAAUCUAAAUCACAAAUCUUAAUUAACUUGCUAUUUGACAAGAAUUCUAUUUCUGUUAAUAGCCAGAAACUAGCUGGCUAAAAGAGGUAAUUAUGAUUGAACCUAUCUUUAAUCUUGGAAUUCUGAUAGACAUCGCCAAAUGAACAGAUGAAAUA